UGGAUAACUUCUCCCAGAGAGAGAUCGAAGAGUUUCUGAAUGAAGCUGCUUGCAUGAAGGAUUUUCACCAUCCUAACGUCAUCAGACUCUUGGGUGUUUGUUUAGAGGUUGUUUCAGGCCACUUUCCUAAACCGAUGGUUGUUCUUCCCUUCAUGAAGUAUGGAGACCUGCACAGCUUCCUCCUUCGCUCCCGUCUCAGGGAAGAUCCUGUGUAUCUCCCUACGCAGAUGCUCCUGAAGUUCAUGAUUGGCAUCGCUCAAGGAAUGGAGUAUCUCAGCGGCAGAAACUUCCUCCACCGGGACCUGGCAGCACGCAACUGCAUGUUACGUGAUGACAUGAGCGUGUGUGUUGCUGAUUUUGGCCUGUCAAAGAAAAUCUACAGUGGUGACUAUUACAGACAGGGCCGGAUAGCCAAGAUGCCUGUCAAAUGGAUCGCUGUGGAAAGCCUCGCUGACAGAGUCUUCACGGUGAAAAGUGAUGUG